AACGAUCUCCAGCGCACGGAGCAGAGACUAGAAGUGUUCCUGAUUGUUAAAGGAGGUGUCGACGACUCGCAGGAGGACAGCGCGAGAAAGAGGAGCGGAAGAGACAGUUAAUAUACAAUUCCUUCACUGUUGGACCUGGAAAAAGGGAGCAAGAGCCCUAAUUUUCUAUACAAAAACCACCUGCAGAAGAAAUAGUCACCAGUGAAUUUUCCCUGACAGCAAGUCUUCAAUAUGUGUCGGAUCUAACAUAGACCAUUAUUGUGUAAACAAGGAAUAUCUCCGUUCUUGGGUGGAUGUGGGCACAUUUGUUGUGGAAAUGCCUAAGCUUAUGAAUUCAGCGGUUUUCUUUCUACCAGUUUUAUGGGGUUUGGCGCUUGGUGGCUCUCAAAGUGUACAAAUUGGUGGACUCUUUCCAAGGGGUGCUGAUCAGGAGUACAGUGCAUUUCGGAUAGGAAUGGUUCAAUUCAGCACACCCGAAUUCAGAUUGACGCCCCAUAUUGACAAUCUGGAAGUAGCGAACAGUUUUGCCGUCACCAAUUGUUUCUGUUCCCAGUUCUCGAGAGGAGUUUACGCCAUCUUUGGAUUCUACGACAAGAAGUCGGUCAACACGAUAACGUCGUUCUGUGGGACUCUGCAUGUGUCAUUUAUCACCCCCAGCUUCCCGCUGGAUGGAACUCAUCAAUUCAUCAUCCAGAUGAGGCCUGACAUCAAAGGACCCCUACUCAGCCUCAUUGAGUACUACAAGUGGGACAAGUUUGCCUAUCUCUACGACAGUGAUAGAGGUUUGACCACGCUGCAGGUGGUUCUGGACACGGCUGCGGAGAGGAAGUGGCAGGUGAUGGCCAUUAACGUGGGCAACCUGAAGGACGAGAGGAAAGACGAGGCCUAUCGCUCCCUCUUCCAGGACCUGGAGAACAAGAAGGAGAGACGGGUCAUCCUCGACUGUGAACAGGACAAAGUCCGAGACAUUAUGGAGCAGGUCAUCACCAUUGGCAGACAUGUGAAAGGCUACCACUACAUCAUUGCAAAUUUGGGUUUUGUGGAUGGGGACCUCUCCAAAAUCCAAUAUGGCGGAGCCAACGUGUCAGGUUUCCAGAUUGUGGAUUUUGAUGACCCGUUGGUGUCCAAAUUUGACCAGAUUUGGGAGGCUCUGGAGGAGAAGGAAUACCCUGGUGCCGACAGUAAGAUUAGGUACACAUCUGCGUUGACCUACGACUCAGUGCAGGUGAUGACGGAGGCCUUCCGCUACCUGCACAAGCAGCGCAUUGACAUCGCCAGGAAGGGCAACAACGGCGACUGUCUGGCCAACCCCGCUGUGCCCUGGGCGCAGGGAGUGGAGAUCGAGCGCGCACUCAAACAGGUUCGUGUGGACGGCCUCACAGGGAACAUUCAGUUCGAUCAACAUGGCAAACGAGUCAACUACUCAGUUAAUAUCAUGGAGCUGAAAAAUAAUGGUCCUGUGAAGAUUGGAUAUUGGAACGAAGUUGACAAAAUGGCUGUCACAAAAUCAGACGUGUUCCCGAAUGACACAACAGGAAUGGAAAACAAAACUGUCAUUGUGACCACAAUCUUGGAAGCCCCAUAUGUAAUGCUUAAGAAGAACGCUGACCUUUUUCUAGACAAUGAAAGAUACGAGGGCUACUGUGUAGAUUUGGCCGCUGAGAUAGCCAAGCACUGCGGCUUCAAAUACCAGCUGAAAAUUGUGGGGGAUGGAAAAUAUGGAGCUCGAGACGCUGAAACCAAGAUCUGGAACGGAAUGGUGGGAGAGCUCGUCUAUGGGAAAGCUGAUAUAGCCGUGGCACCGUUGACCAUUACCCUCGUCCGAGAAGAAGUCAUUGACUUCUCCAAGCCCUUCAUGUCCUUGGGGAUCUCCAUCAUGAUCAAGAAGCCCCAGAAGUCUAAACCUGGAGUCUUCUCUUUCCUGGACCCUCUGGCCUACGAGAUCUGGAUGUGCAUCGUGUUUGCCUACAUCGGUGUGAGCGUGGUGCUCUUCCUGGUCAGCCGAUUCAGCCCAUAUGAGUGGCACACAGAGGAGUACGAGGAUGGCCAGAUCCAGACUAAUGAAUCGACCAACGAGUUUGGGAUAUUCAACAGUCUCUGGUUCUCCCUCGGCGCCUUCAUGAGACAGGGCUGUGACAUCUCGCCAAGAUCCCUCUCUGGGCGUAUUGUGGGAGGGGUGUGGUGGUUCUUCACCUUGAUCAUCAUCUCCUCCUACACAGCCAACCUGGCUGCCUUCCUCACUGUUGAGAGGAUGGUGUCGCCCAUUGAGAGUGCUGAGGAUCUGGCGAAGCAGACCGAGAUUUCCUAUGGAACACUGGACUCCGGCAGUACCAAGGAGUUUUUUAGGCGCUCCAAAAUUGCCCUAUUCGAUAAGAUGUGGACUUACAUGCGGAGCGCAGAGCCCUCUGUGUUCGUGAAAACCACAGCAGAGGGGGUGCUGCGGGUGCGCAAGUCCAAGGGCAAAUACGCCUAUCUGCUGGAGUCCACCAUGAACGAGUACAUCGAGCAGAGGAAGCCCUGCGACACCAUGAAGGUCGGCGGCAACCUGGACUCCAAAGGCUAUGGGAUCGCCACGCCCAAAGGAUCCUCAUUAAGAAAUGCGGUUAACCUCGCAGUACUAAAACUGAAUGAGCAAGGCCUGUUGGACAAAUUGAAAAACAAAUGGUGGUACGACAAAGGAGAGUGCGGCAGCGGGGGAGGUGAUUCCAAGGAGAAGACGAGCGCCCUCAGUCUGAGCAACGUUGCUGGGGUCUUCUACAUCCUGGUCGGCGGACUUGGUUUGGCCAUGCUGGUGGCCUUGAUUGAGUUCUGUUACAAGUCCCGAGCCGAGGCGAAACGAAUGAAGGUGGCAAAGAAUGCACAGAGUGACCUUCACAGACGCGAUGAGGAGCAAAGCGAGGCUGUCUAUAACGGGGAGUACUGGGGAGAACGGCCGUGUGAUGACUCCAGAGUUUCCGAAAGCAGUGCAUGCAGUACCUUACGUGAGACCUGGCAUGGGAAUGAACGUCAGCUUGACAGAUCUCUCCUGAUCGAUAAGAACCUUUCGAGUGCCUUACACUGGUUUCAAUAGAACAGUUUUUGUCUUUUCCCCCGCCCCUCUUUCUUCGCACUUUCUUUUUCUUGGUCUUCGUUGAAUGGUUCGAGGGUCCUCACAUUAUGGUGGCAUGAAGACAUGUCUUUCUUUUCGCUCUUUAUUUCUCACUAAACAAAAUACUCUCCCUCUCGAUGGAAUUUAAUCUCGGGAAUAAAAAGGGAGGUUGUUUUUUUGUAAACCGGUGACAUCAUCAUUUACUAUCUCUAUCUGAGUUUUAGGAGGCUUUAUUGACUGUAACAGCUGCUAAUGGGAGGUCUGUCAUCUCAACUGGGGGGGAGUUAUUGUUUCUGUAGCCUCCACCGCCAACCCCGAGAUCCUUCAAGCAUACUUGACUUAAUUUGCAUUGAGAUGUGAAAUGUCUUUUUCUAUAGAAAAUGUAAGAAAAACUAUAUGGAAAAAAUAUUUGUAUGUAUUUUCACAAAAUGGCUUUUAAAUAAUCCUGCUUACAUACUGGUUGAAUAUAAAUAUAUUAAUGUGUGAGUGUAGUGAAAUAACAAUAGCUUAACAUCUUGUAGUUCCAUAUUUAAAAGCCCAAUAUGUUGCUAAUGGGGUUGAAAUGUUUAAAUCAUGUAAUUUAUUACUAUUGUAAACUUUCCUGUAAAUCUUAUUCUUUAAUAUUUGCUGUUGAUAUAAAAUACUUAGCAAUGCUUGACAUUUAAAAUCAAUAAUUUACCUAUGCCUUUUACUUGUUCAAGUGGGUGGCACAAUUAUGUAUUUUUUUGAAUGUUAUUUGAUUGUUUUGAAGUAUUUUGCUGUUUGUAUUUCUUUCUGUCAAGGACCAGGGUAGCAGUCCAGUCCAUGACAUCCCACUCUAUUGUAUUAUAUGUUUUGCUGUGAGAGGAAAAGAAACAUACACAAUGGUCAAAAUGGCCGUUUAAAAAUGCCAAAUAGGUAAAGAGUGCCAAAAUGUAGUGCCAGUAGGUAUGAAUAUAGUCCUAAUAUAAUCAGUCACUGUCAUCCAAGCGAAUGUAGUCAAUACAUUCUGUACGUUUUGUAACAGUUUUAUGGCUAAGACAUUUUGUACAGUUCUACAGCUAAGACAGUGAUAUUUCAACAGCUUUUUUUUCUCUUCAGCUUUCAAGUUAACUCCACAUACUUUGUAUUAGCCUGAGUGUAAAAUAGCACUAGUUGCAUGUCAUUGCCUCAAUUACAUAUUAUUUCAUUUAACUUUGCUUUUAAAAUGUUGACUAUAUGCGUUUCCAUUUUAAUGUUGAAGUUGUGAGACUAAAUGUUUGAGACUGGAAAUAGGACACUAGACAUAAUAUAUAUAUAUAUAUUUUAUAUUUUAUAUGACAAGUAUAAAUAAUACCUUCUAAAAUUGUACAACCCUUCACUAAUUAUUAUUAUUUAAUUUUUUUACAAUUACAUGCAGUACUUAUUAAAGCGGAUCAUUUGGCGGUGACAGAUUUUCAAUAUCAGUUAUUUUGUAGGAUACGUUUCCAAGGAAACGUUACAUUUUUGGAUACAACACAACCCCCAGAAGCUUUUUUUAGGUAGGAGCUUUGAAACAGCUUUUACAGACACACACCUCUGAUUUAGGCAAACACAGACAGUUUCAGAAAGCCCAAUGUUACUUUUGCAUUUGAAUAACCUGAUCUAACACGCGAUAACCUCCUCUCACAUAUGUGAAGGGAGCAAUGUACUAUUGGUAUCACUGUUGAUUUUUUUUGUGGUGAACAAUACAACAGUAUGUUAUCUAAUCAACCUCAUCAUCACAUAUCCAGACUAUUCUCACUGACAUUUUGUAUAUGGAAUGUGUGCUAACUUGUUUAUCUUUGGGACUCUUUCUAAAUAAAAAGUGGCUAAUC